AUGUUUCGGACCCAGCAGAAUGUAUUCGACGAUGUCGUUGCCAAAGCUACCGACGAAAACCUGACCUCGGAGAACUGGGAGUACAUCCUCGAUGUCUGCGAUCGGGUAUCGUCCAGUGAGAGCGGCAGCAAAGACGUCGUGGCCGCCAUGAUCAAGCGACUCGCACAUCGCAAUGCGAAUGUCCAACUCUACACGCUCGAGCUGGCCAAUGCCCUGAGCCAGAAUUGUGGGAUCAGCAUGCACAGGGAAUUGGCGAGUCGCAGUUUUACAGAUGCGCUGUUGAGGCUGGCGAACGAUCGGAACACCCAUCAACAAGUCAAAUCCAAGAUUCUAGAGAGGAUGGAGGAGUGGACAAAGAUGUUUGCGAGCAAUACGGAACUGGGCAUCAUGGAGCAGGCGUACAUGAGGUUGAAGGCGCAGAAUCCCAGUCUCCAACCACCGCAGGCACCGGUGAAGAGCGCAAUCACAGACUAUGACAGAAGGCGAGAAGAGGAAGAGCUCCAGAUGGCCCUCAAGCUGUCCAUCCAAGACAAGUCGGCCGCUGGUCCCUCCAGCCAGCCAUCGGACGCACCGGCAGAACUGGCGGCACAGACACCCGGCGGUGUGCCGCAGCAGACAGUUCCUCAGCCCGUCCCCUCCGGCACCACAGCUGCGACAGUGUCCCGAGUACGAGCGCUCUUCGACUUCCAGCCGUCGGAGCCGGGCGAGCUCCAAUUCCGCAAAGGCGACGUCAUCGCCGUGCUAGAAUCCGUGUACAAAGACUGGUGGAAGGGCUCGCUGCGUGGCCAGACGGGUAUCUUUCCUCUGAACUACGUCGAAAAACUCCAAGAUCCCACACCAGAAGAGCUACAGAGAGAGGCGCAGAUGGAGGCCGAAGUGUUCGGACAGAUCAAGAACGUGGAGAAAUUGCUCGCGCUGCUGAGCACGAGUACGGGGGACAUGAAUGUGCGGGAUAACGAGGAGAUUACCGAGCUGUAUCAGAGCACGUUGGCGAUCAGGCCAAAGUUGAUCGACUUGAUCGGCAAGUACACGCAGAAGAAAGACGACUUCCAGCAACUCAACGAGAAGUUCAUCAAGGCCCGCCGCGACUACGAAGCCCUCCUCGAAACGUCCAUGGCGCAAUCCGCCGCGCAAUAUGGGAGACCCAGCCCAGCACCGUACGGGUACGGGCCUGGAGCAGGUGGUGGCCCUCCGCCUGGUCAGCCUCCAGUAGGAGCGGCAGGCUAUCCGCCUCAGAGAUUCUACACGCCUGAUGGUCAGGCUCCCAACAAUGCCGUUCCGUACCCUUCCAAUCCCCCGCAACCUCAGUUAGGAUACCAGCCGCCGUAUCCUGUCUCCAGCCCACCCCCACAGAGCCACACGCCGAGUAAUCUCAAUCAUCAGCCUCCUCCGCCAACUCAGCCAGACGGCUAUCCUGCAUACCCUCCCACGAACGCAGCAGGUCCCGUUCGUCGCCAAUCCCAUCCCUCCGAAGCAUAUGCCGGCUAUCCACCCGCGCCGCCAAUGAUUCAACCACCCAAUAUAUCCCAACUCCAACUACACGACGACUCCGGCAAAGACUAUUCACCCAGCAACUACUCGAUGGACGAAGCCUCGAAUCAGCAGUCCCUGGGCCCGUCUGCGCCGCCGCCGCAAUCUCAACCGUCGUAUCCCCCACCUAUGCCCCAGGGCCAAGCACCGACCCCGUCACAACCUCCUCAAACAUCGUACCCGCCGCCCCCACAACCGGCCCCCGCAGCCUAUGACUAUCCACAGCCGAAUCCCAUGUCUCCUCCGCCGCCUUCUCACGGCCCACCACCGAUUCCUCAGGGCGCAGCACCAGGGACGGAUCCUCCGCAGCACAGGCCAGUCACGCCCUUGGCGCAGAGUUCGGCGUACCCGGUAUUUUCGCCCACGUCGGGCCCCGGGCAGCAUCAGCGACAGUACCAGGCGUAUAACCAGCGGCCGACGAGUUAUUAUCGGUGA